AUUGAUACUGAGAGCAAUUUUACGAGAAACUUAGAAAUAUCUGAAACGUUGAAUGACUAGUAUAGCAUUCUCGUGCUAUAAUGAAUUGUUGCUCUGACCCUGACAGAAAACGGCAGAAAAAAAUUCGGGCGAUAGAGACAGAAAAUUGGAUUCACAGAUUUCACUCGGAGUACUGUUGGGUCAAACGUUUGCCACAACAAAUUGACAGGCCCCUAAUCCCGGCGAAGCACCAACUGGAGUUUGACCGACUGGCCCCUACACCUCCCGGACGUGGCAAGCGCAUUAUCAACCUCCGUCGCCGUGCAAAUGAAAGUCUGGGAUUCGCUGUCAGGGGAGGAUUUGAACAUGGGAUUGGAGUGUUUGUGUCUCAUGUGGACCCAGGUUCCCAAGCUGAGCGACAGGGACUACGUGUAGGAGAUGAAAUUGUGAGAGUGAACGGCUACACCAUCUCCCAGGCAAUCCAUGAAGAGGUCCUCAACCUUAUUAAGGGUCGGGAUGCAGUGGAGCUCAAGGUUACAAAUAUAGGAAUGCUGCCUGUCAAAGAGAAGCAAGGAGAUGAUUUGACUUGGAAAUUUGUGGAGAAAAGGGACCGAAAGAAAAGUGUUGUGAAGACACAGAACCGAACAGCACCUGAAGAGGAGGGAGAAAUUGUAAAAUUGUUCGCCAAUCUCCGCACGUCACCCUCUCUCGGCUGUAGAAUUAUGAGUGGUCCCCAUGGUCGUGGAAUAUACAUCCAGAGGGUCGGGCCACAGAGCUUGGGGGAGCAAAUCGGCCUGGAAGUCGGAGAUCAGAUUCUGGAUGUCAAUGGUAUAAGCUUCCUGGACGUGACACAUAACGAGGCCAUUGUAGCGCUUAAGAGCAGCAAGGAACUUAAUCUUGUCAUCAGAAAAAAGUCGGGACUUCACAUAGUAGGCCUACAAUCCUCUGCAGCCAACACUCAUACACCGCUGCCAAAGGAACUUCCAAAACAAGAUAGGGUCCAGCUGAAUCAACAAUAUGAUGAGGAACCUGCAUAUGCUGUGGUUGUCAAGGAAAAGAAAGUAGCACCAUCUCCAACUGGAGCUCCAGCCCCCGCCCCUGCCUCCUCCCCACCACCGCCACCACCACCACCCCCACCACCUGUCGAACAGAUCACAGACAGACCAAAGACAAAGAAAAAAGCGCCUUCCCCUCCAUCAGCUACUCAGCCUCCGCAGCCAAGUCUAGAAUUCAGAGAAGAGCUCAACAGAGUGACCCUCAAGCGACAAGCUGAACAAGAAGGAAGGAAAGAUGAAGAUGAUGACACUUUAGAAGACAAUGAUAGUUUGAUGGGAGAGAAUGUAAUGGGGACGAGUAAGGAUGAGAGAGCAGAGGAGGAACAGACACCUUAUAGAUCUGAUGAAGCUACAGGAAAUCAGGAUUUGGAGGGCACAGCAAGGCUGGAGAAGAUCUUACAGCAGAAACAGGCCAGUCAGCGUCAGAUCGAGGAAAGACAACGGCAAGAGGUGUAUGAGACUAAUCGGAGGAAGAGAAAUGCUCUGGAACAUAAAUUAUUAGAAGAAAUUCGUCACCAUAAGAAGAAUUCUAAAAAAGAUGAGCUCAAGCUCAGACUGCAAAGACAACAACAGGACGCGGCAGAGAUGAAACGUGAAGGGGAGGUCUGCGCGCCGUCAGAUAUAUUACGGGGAAGAGGAAGACCCCUGAGGAAGGCAGACCUCGGCCUGGUAGGACCCAGUCCAGGUUUUACCCCACCUAACAAGAAGGAAAACCCUCCGUCAUCACCAAACAGUUCAGAGCAGGAGGAAACGACAAACUGCAAGUUUACAUCACCUAUUUCUGACAUUGACGAUUAUGUCCUGGAGAAGGCGGAUAGAAAUAUGGACUAUCCUGAGGUUACAGAUAUAGACAGUGUCAGUCGGUGGGAGAAACUGCCUUACAGCUUUAUACAGUGAUAACAGAAGUGUGUCGUUUAAUCAAGGAGACCUGGUGUCGUUUAAUCAAGGAGACCCGAUGUCAUUUAAUCAAGGAGACCCGAUGUUGUUUAAUCAAGGAGACCCGAUGUUGUUUAAUCAAGGAGACCCGAUGUUGUUUAAUCAAGGAGACGCGAUGUUGUUUAAUCAAGGAGACCCGAUGUUGUUUAAUCAAGGAGACCCGAUGUUGUUUAAUCAAGGAGAUGCAAUGUGUUUAAUCAAGGAGACCCGAUGUUGUUUAAUCAAGGAGAUGCGAUGUUGUUUAAUCAAGGAGACCCGAUGUCGUUUAAUCAAGGAGACCCGGUGUUGUUUAAUCAGACAUUAAUAGACAUUAAUAUAAAGUAUUAAAGUGAUUCACUGUAAAAUAAAGUAUAUAUCUGUAUGAUUUACUCAUAUAACCUUCCUUAUUUAAUUCACUACCAAGUUUCUUUUUCGAUUACAGAUCUAGCUCCUGACCCAAAGCACAUAAUUAAAAUCACGAUAUGAAUUUAUAUUUUGAUGUAAAAAUAUGAAUUCCUGACGUCAAUGGAAAUAGUUAUAUAUAAAAAACACUUUCCACAAGGCCUUUCUGCCAUCAUAGGCUUCUUCAGGCAGUCUAGUAUUUAUGAUGGCAGAAAGACCUACAAUUGUAAAUGAAGGCAAGAAAGGUUUUGCAAUAAAGUCUCAGAAUUAAUUGGGGUAUAUAUAUUGUAUAUAUAUUGUCAUUAUUAUUAUAAUUAUGUAUAUCUUAUAUAUUAUCCUAGAGACAAAGACAUUGCCUAAGUAUUGUGUGGUAUAUGUACAUGUUACAGAUAUUUUAGUAGCCAUACUGACUGUUUACUGGUUACCUACCAGUUCAUAUUCUUUCAGUUCAUUUUUCUGCCUUACGGCCAUCUGUACAUGAACAUUACAACAUAUUUAACAGUACAAUGCAAAAUUAAAAAACAACAUCAAGAUUGUAUAUACAGUGAAGAGUUGAGGUGAAGAGAUGAUACUCUUAAUUUAUCAGCUUCAGAAAUAAAUCUACCAAGCUGACA